AUGCCCUACCGCCGCGACAUCGGCACCCAGCCCGAAGGGCCCCGCGAAAUCACUUCCGAUACCCCCUCCCAACCACCGACAGACAGCUACGCGGACCCGCUCGAGACCGACGUCCUGAUCGUCGGCGCGGGCUUCGGCGGCGUCUACCUCCUGCACCGGCUGCGCGACGAGCUGGGCUUCAAAUGCAAGAUCUUCGAGGCCGGGAAGGAGCUCGGCGGCAUCUGGCACUGGAACUGCUACCCAGGUGCCAGGGUUGAUACACAAGUCCCGAUCUAUGAGUAUAGCAUGGAGAAGGUCUGGAAGGACUGGACCUGGCGCGAGAAGUACCCAAACUUCCAGGAACUCCGCGAAUACUUCGAUCAUGUCGACAAGGUCCUUGACAUCAAGAAAGACGUCGCCUUCGACACGCGCGUCGUGGCGGCCCACUUCGACAAGCCGUCCGCGAAAUGGAUCAUCAAGACCGAGGACGGCCGCACCGCCUACGCGCGCUACUUCCUACUCGCCACCGGCUUCGCUGCCAAGCGCCACUUCCCCGACUGGCCGGGCCUCGACAGCUUCAAGGGCGAGAUGCACCACAGCUCGUUCUGGCCCGAGGAGGGCGUUGACAUGAAGGGAAAGCGCGUCGCCGUCAUCGGCACCGGGAGCACAGGCGUGCAGCUCGCGCAGGAGAGCGCGAAGCAAGCGAAGUCCGUGACGGUGUUUCAACGGACGCCGAACCUAGCGCUGCCGAUGCGACAGCGGAAGCUGGACCACAAGGAGCAGAUGGACGCGAAGGGCCAGUAUCCGCAGAUCUUCAAGGACAGGAUGAAGACCUUCGCGGGCUUCUCGUACGACUUCGCGGAAAAGAACACUUUCGACGACUCGCCCGAGGAGCGCGAGAAGUUCUACGAGUCCCUCUGGGAGGCGGGCGGGUUUCAGUUCUGGCUCGCGACGUACAAGGACAUGUUAUUCGACAUGGACGCGAAUCAGGAGGCGUACAACUUCUGGCUCAAGAAGACGCGCGCGAGGAUUACCGAUCCGGUCAAGAGGGAUAUCUUGGCGCCGCUGGAGAAGCCGCAUGCGUUUGGCGUGAAGAGGCCGAGCUUGGAGCAGGAUUACUAUGAGAUGAUGGAUCGGCCUGAGAACGAGGUCGUGGAUGUGAAGGCGACUCCGAUUAAGGAGGUCAAGGAGAACGGGAUCUUGACUGAGGAUGGCAAGUUUAGGGAGUUCGAUAUCAUUGCGCUGGCUACUGGAUUUGACUCCGUGACGGGAGGAAUGAAGAACAUGGGAUUGAAGGACGUGGACGGUGUGGAUCUCUCGAAGAAGUGGGAGAUGGGCACCUGGUCUUACCUAGGCAUGUCCUGCUCCGGCUACCCGAACAUGUUCUUUCUAUACGGCGCGCAAGGCCCAACGGCAUUUAGCAACGGUCCGUCAUGCGUUGAAGUGCAGGGCGAGUGGAUCGUCGACGCGAUGAAGAAGCUCAGGGACGAGGGCAUCAAGUACAUCGAUCCGCUCCGCGAGUCCGAGGAGUACUGGAGGAAGAAUGUCACGGAGAUCAGCGACAAGACACUCUUUCCUACGGCGAACUCAUGGUAUAUGGGCGCCAAUAUUCCUGGCAAGCCGCGUGAGCAGUUGAACUAUGCGGGCGGCAUUCCAUUGUACGAGAAGGAGUGUAGGGAGUCGCUGAACAACUCGUUCAAGGGAUUUGUGACCGCGUGA